AUGAAGUCGGCAAAGACGGUAAACCGGAAGCGAAACAAGAGAGCCGAACCGUCGGGCCCAGGCCCGCAAAAGACAAAGAGCCACAAAGGCAGCGAAAGGAAGAGAAAACCGAAACAGCCGGCAAACAGGGGGCACGGGAGAACACAGAAAAAGAAAAAGCAAACCCACAGAAAAACGAAGCGAAAAGGAGGAGGGGGCGGGAGCAACAAACAAGAGACCCGGGGAAGAGGAAAAGGGAGGGAGGAGAGGCGGGGCAAGACGAAGAAAACGGAAAACGGCGCAACAGCAUGGGCCCACGAAAAGGGCGAGCAAGAAAACAACCACGGGGCAGGCAGAGGGAAGCGGGGGGGAGAGGAGGGCAGGAGGGGAGCAACGCGGGGGAGACCAAGGGAAGGCAAAAGAGCGCAGAACAAACCGGGGGCGGGCAGCGCCAGCCCCCAGAAACCCGAAAGAGGGGCGGAGGGAACCACCAGGAGCAGAAAACAGGCCAGGCCGCAGACGGGGGAAGAGCCACGGGGAAACAGAAGCAGGGGGCUGAAGACAACGACGGAGGGAGCGGACCAGAGGGAAGGCAGCGGAACGAGGGAACAGGGCAGCCAGAGCAGAGGGCCCAACCACCACACACAGACAGGAAGAGCAGGAGGGCCGAAAACACCCGCGGGAAAAACCGGGCGGCCGGCCGCGGAGAGGCCGGAAAAAGCACACGCCCGGGAAAAACGCGGCCGAGGAGGCCGAAAACACACCGGGAAACCCCGCGGAGGCCGAGCGGAGGAGGGGGCCCAAAGCGCCCGACGGGGCGCAGCGAACAGCCCGACAAAGGGGUCCCAAAAAAGAAAGGAGCACGAAGGCACGCAGGCAGCCACGCCCGGAAGGGACGGGCGAAAGCGACGAGGAAGAGGCACAAAGGAGGCAGCAGAGAGACAGCAAACGAGAAAAGGCACCGGGGAGAGAAACCGGAAGCGGGGGAAGAGGGGGCCCCGCACACGAAGGGAAGGACAAGCCCGCAAAAGAAAACGGAAACGCACAACAACACACCACGGAGGCACAGGGCACACGGUCGAGGCAGGCGACGGGGCGCAGGGCCGGCCACACAAGGGCGGAGACGAGGGCAAGCGGGCCGGCAAAGGGGGACACGCGGAGAACGAGGCAACGGGGGCCGGCCAAGGGACACGGGCCGGAGACAGGAAUGGACAAGGCGAAGGCGACCGGGGCAGCGAAAGGGGCGACAGAGGACACAACAGAGAAGCACGGCAGAAGGCCGACGCGGGGCAGAACAACCAGGGCACCACAGAGCGGGGAGGAGCACCCACACCGGGGCACGGGCCCAGAAGCAGGGGGGAGAGGGGGGCGGAAAACCCCGGGGCGGAGGGGAGGGCCCCGAAAAAGCCCAAGCGGGGAACCCGCCGGGCGAGCGGGGGCGGCCCGGCGGCCGGGGGGGGCGGUGGCACGCCGCCAAGAAGGACGACAAACGCGCGGGCACACCGCAGCACCCCCAUGGAGGGGGAGAAAAGGGGCCAAAAGAGCACGGCGGGCGCGGACGCCCAACAAAGAGACAAGGGGGCGGGACAAGAGAGACCACAACAGGGCGGGGCAGGCGGGGGGGAAGGCAGACCGGAAGGGGGGGGGGCCAACGGCGAGAGAGCAGGCAACAGAGACGGCCGCAACAACACAGCAGCCAGCACCGGGACAAGGACGCGAAACGCAGACGCAACCCGGGGGCGGGCCAACCGCAAAAGCCGGCGGGGGGACGAACGGGGGAACGGGGGAGGAGAGCACAGCACAGACAGGGGGAAGGCGGCCACGGGAGCCGGGGCAAAGAAAGCCCGGCAAAAGAAACCCAUGAAAAACAAUGAGGACACAGAUGGGGGAGAAGGAAGACGGAAGGGCGAGCAGGGGCAAGAGAAGGGAGGGGGCAGGCCAAGAAACCACGCCAAGAAGGGCGGGAACAGGCGAGGGCAAGAGACGGCGGAAGAUAGGAAGUGUCGGGGGCAGGGCGCGAGGGAGGGGGACGGGCAAGGGGUGGACGCAGGACGGAAGAACGGAGGACAGAACGGGGAAACGCCGAGGCGGACACGCGGCCGGCGCGCCAGGAGACAGGGGCCCACCCAGCCGGGAGGAGGAGAGAGGCGUGGUGGCUGGCCCCCGGCCACCGACAAGAGGGAAGAAAGAGAAAACAAACAAAGAGAGGCAGCAAGAAAACGAGCAGGGCGGGCAUCGAAAGGGGCGGAGGGCAAGGAAAUGAAGAGCGGAGGAUGA